UGUUAUGACAUUUGUAAACGCUGUCAAAUAACAGAGAAAAAAACCAAGUGUGGUGCUUCCGAUUAUAGUUUGAUUUCAUUAUUCCGCAUUGCCGGAAAUUUGUAAACAGUAAAGUUGUUCUGGACGCAAUUUUUAGACAUCAGACAUCCAAAUGGCCGAUCUGGAGGCAGUAAAUGGUGUCGACGAUGCGAACGACAAAAAGCAAAAGAAAUCGUCGAAGCAUGAUGGUGGAGCCGCCGAUUUGGAAAGAGUGACGGAUUACGCCGAGGAGAAGGAGAUCACAUCUCACAAUUUAUGUUCAAACGCUGCAAACUUGUUUGAAGAUAAACGCAACAAGGAAAAUGAAGAAAAGCUAGCAAUAGAACGAGAACUACAGAAAGUACAUGUGAAAAAGGAGGACAUAGAAUUGAUCAUUCGUGAAAUGGAAAUCACUCGCAGCAAGGCGGAACAGACUCUACGCGUGCACCGGGGCGACGUGGUAGCAGCCUUAGAAGCGCUGAUAAACUAAAAAUCUAUGCCGUUUGUGUUCCUUUCCAUACGCUAUAUGAAGUGCGCCGCUGGACGCUUAAAAUCUAAUAAAAGAAGUGCAAAGUAAGUGCAAAAAUAA